AUGGACGAUAUCUACCCGAGCACGAGAGAGGAGUUGCAGGCGGAUGUGGGCUUUUUGCUAAGUGUAAUCCAUGAUGAGACCAAACGCCUCAACGGCGACGCAAGCCGCAUUAUCUUAACGGGUAUCAGCCAAGGAUGCGCGACGGGUUUAAUCACCAUGCUGAAGGGGCAGUGCAAGCUAGGCGGCCUGAGCGGGUGGAUGCCUUUCCGGGCGCAGAUCGAAGAGAUCGGUACGAAAGGAUCGAUGGAGCCUGCCAUGCGGGCAGGGGUCGGAGGGAUUGUCCGAGUGGACGAUCGGUUUUGA